AUGGAAAGAUCCUCUAUGAAAGUGAUGAACACAGUCAGUGUGGGAAAAGCUUCAGCCAUGUUCCAGAUCUGGCUGUGGUACAGAGGAACCCUCCGGAGGGAAAUUAACAGUGGAGAGAGGCCCUAUGAAAGCCAGGAAUGUGGAAAAUCACUUAGUCAGUCUUCAAACCUUUCUGUACAUAAACAAUUUCACAGUGGAAGGAGGCCCUAUGAAUGUAAGGAAUGUGGGAAAGCAUUUAGCCAGGCCUCAUACCUCUUACAACAUAAAAGCAUUCACAAUGGACAGAGGCCCUAUCAAUGUAACGAAUGUGGGAAAGAAUGUGGGAAGGCAUUUAGUCACUCUGCACACCUCUCUAGACAUAAAAGAGUUCACAGUGGAGAGAGGCCCUAUGAAUUAGGAACCAGCCAGAAUGAUAACUUCGCCCUUUAUCGUCAAAAAAGGCUACAAUGUCAGGCAGGAGCAUUGCUGGCCAGGCGGGUGUAUGAUUAA